AUGUUGGAAGGUCUGGUUGCGGGCCUGCUCAACAGGUUCCUGGGCAUGUACGUCAACAACUUUGACCCCAAGCAGCUCAAGGUCGGCAUUUGGUCUGGCGAUGUCAAGCUGCGCAAUUUACAGCUCCGCAAAGAAGCUCUCGACCAGCUCAAACUACCCAUCAACGUCCUCGAAGGUCAUCUCGGCGAGUUGACCUUGAUCAUCCCUUGGUCUAACCUUAGUGGUGCGCCCGUCAAAGUCUUUAUUGAGGACGUCUUUUUGCUGGCGUCCCCGAAAGAAGAUGCAGCAUACGACGAGGACGAGGAGGAGCGGAGGAAACAGCGUAUCAAGAUGGAGAAACUUGACUCUGCUGAGCUUCUCAAGGAACGAUCACAAGAGGGCCUCAGUUCCGAGGAGCAAAAGAAGAAUCAAAGCUUCACUCAAAGCCUCGUGACAAAAAUUGUCGACAACCUGCAGGUCACAAUCAAGAACAUUCACGUCCGCUAUGAGGACUCCAUCUCUACGCCUGGCCACCCCUUUGCUCUUGGUGUUACCCUUCAAGAGUUUAGUGCCGUCAGUACAAACGGCGAAUGGACACCUACCUUCAUCCAGGACUCGACAGUGUCGACCCACAAACUCGCCAAACUCGGCGCGCUUGCUGUGUACUGGAACACAGAUACAGAGCUCUACGGGCCCGGUCGAGAGAUCGAUCAAGAGGACAGACCCAUACUGACACACGAGGAGAUGGUUGCCAAGUUCAAAGGCAUGAUCGCAAAACCCGACGAAGCCAAACCUGACUACCAAUUUGUGCUUCGCCCCGUCAGCGGGCAAGCCAAGAUUGUUCUCGACAAGACAGGUGACAUUCACAUGCCCAAGACCAAGGCAAGUCUCUUGUUUGAGGAGAUUGGUCUUGUGCUGGAUGACGACCAGUACCGAGAUGGCCUCAUGAUGGUCGACCUUUUCCACUACUUCAUCCGGCAUCAAGAGUACAAGAAGCUACAGCCCAAAGGUGUCACGCCCAAGGAAGACCCUCGAGCGUGGUUCAAGUUUGCAGGUGACGCCAUUCUCAGCAAGAUACACGAGCGCAACAGACGCUGGUCGUGGGAAUACUUUCGCGAGCGCCGCGACGACCGAAAAAGAUAUAUCGAGCUGUUCAAGAAACGAAAGCAGCAACAGCAAUUCUCUGCAGAAGAGUCUGCGGAUAUCGAGGCGCUCGAGCAGCGUCUCGACUACGAGGACCUGCGGUUCUGGAGGUCACUGGGUCGGAAUCAACUCAAGAAAGAAAACGCCGCUGCUCUGAAGAGUAAACCGGCGCAGGCCCAACAACAGGGCUGGCUUGCAUGGGCAUGGGGCUCCAAACCGGCCGAAGAGCAGCACAGCGACAUGGAAGAAAACACACAGAUCACAGAGGAGCAGAAAAAGGAGCUCUAUGACGCCAUUGAUUGGGAUGAGAAGACAGCGCUCGCCGAGUCGGUUGAUGUUCCGAGGGAAAGUGUCAAGAUGCAAGUGGAGGCUUCUUUGAGCACCGGCAGUUUCACGUUGAAGAAGAACCACAACGGUAGACUCAAGGAUCUCAUCAGUCUACACUUUGACGUCUUUAAGGCCAAGGCCCUUCAGCGCCCCGACUCUUUCCUUGCUGCACUCAGCCUCGGCGGUCUGCGUGUCAAUGAUGGCACCACGUCGAACAGUCUGUUCCCUGAGAUUGUUCGUGUCAAGGACUCGCCGGAAACGCAAGAGCGCAAGGCUUUGACCAUCGAAGAGCUAGAGAGCUGUGACGACGAGCCCUUCUUCAACAUUGAGGUCGAGCAGAACCCCAUCGACCGCGAGGGUGAUAUAGCCGUCGUGGGGUCGCUCAAACCGUUGGAGAUUGUCUGGAAUCCCAACUCAGUCGUCGGCGUAGCUGACUUCUUCCGCCCUCCAGAGCGACACAUGGAGUCCAUCAGUGCGCUCAUGGAGUCGGCUGGCGCCACUGUCGAGGGCUUUCGUGAGCAGACCCGCGCAGGAUUGGAGUUUGCGCUCGAAGAACACAAGACGAUCAACGCUCAACUCGAUCUGCAAGCACCGUUGAUCAUCGUCCCAGUCAGCAUCGCCACCAAGGAGUCCACAUGCUUAAUACUGGAUGCUGGCCACAUCAGCGUCAACAGCAAACUCGUAGACCAGGACACGAUGAAGCAGAUUCAGUCCAAACAGCGACAGCAAUACUCAAACGAGGAUUUUGAGCGUCUCGAGUCUGUCAUGUAUGACAAAUUCUUGGUCAAGCUAACGUCGACACAAUUGCUUAUUGGACCAUCGAUUAAGGCCACCAAGAAGCAGCUCAUUGAUCGGGACGCCUCGCAAUCGUUGCACAUUGUUGACCAAAUCAACAUCGAUUUCGUCGUGGAAACAUCCAUUCUUCCAAAGGCGCCGAAUUUGACCAAGCUCAAGGUGUCUGGCCACCUACCGGUCCUGCAGGCGGCAAUGUCCGACGCAAAGUACAAGAACCUCAUGCGCAUCAUAGAUGUCGCGAUUCCCAAGUUCGGCGAUGACAAGACAGCCCAGAACAAGUCCAAGGAACAAACUAGACCAACGUCGCGGUCGUCCAAGGCUUCCCGACCACGCCUCGCCAGCUCUGCCUCGAAUCGAUCUCGCAAGGAUGCCCGCCGCAAGUCAUCUCAAUUCCCAUUCCUACAACAGCAGACCGCCAUUGUCAUUGACGAGGAUGAUCUCGACGAGGAUGACAAUGAAAAUUACGAGGAUGCUUCGGACGGCGUUGAUAAUGAGCAGAUCACGAUGCAGCAGCGGUCGUUUGAGCUCAAGUUCAAGGUCGACACGCUCAAGGGAUCACUCUACCGCAGCGACCCCGACAGAAAGAAGCCAGAUCAAUUGCUCGUAGAGCUUGUCGCUAGCGAUUUUGACCUGGAGUUCUUCUUGCGUCCCUAUGACAUGUCGGCUGAGGUGUCUCUUGGUUCCGUGACCAUGGAUGACUUUGUGGAUGACCCACCAGGUGACUUUAAAUCGAUCAUUUCUUCGGGCGAUGUGGAAGAUCGCGAGCAGAAGCGCAGUCUCGUCAAAGUCAAGUUCACCAAGGUCAAUAGCCAGUCGCCAGAAUUUAUGCCCGUCUACGAAGGCGUCGAAACAAAUGUCACAGCAGCCAUUUCGACCAUCAACCUGAUCGUGACGAGAAAGACGCUGCUCACUUUGCUAGACUUUAUCCUUGCAACAUUUACCGGCGACAACAACGAGGUCGUAUCCAAACGGGAGCAAAAGGCCAUCGAAGCUGCCGAGAGCGACGACAACGAGAUCGAGGUGGCGGUAGACACCCCCACGGAGGACGCCCAAGCCAACACAGCAUCAAUUCGGGUCAAGGUCGAUCUCAAGAGUAUCAGACUCAUCCUGAACAAUGACGGCAUUCGGCUGGCGACACUCUCGUUCAACCACGCUGACGUCGGAGUUUUCUUGCGGGGCAAGACUAUGCGCGUGUCUGCUAAACUGGGCGACCUGAACCUCGUUGACGAUGUCAACCAGGGAGUGCCCGACGACUCGCCCCUCCGCCGGCUCAUUGCCAUCGAGGGCGACGAUUUGGCUGAUUUCAGAUACGAGACGUUUGACGCCGAAAACACCAAGACCUACCCUGGAUAUGACUCCUCCAUUUUCUUGCGGGCUGGUUCUUUCAAACUCAACUUCCUUGAGGAACCGUUCCGCAAGAUUAUCGAUUUUGUCGUCAAAUUUGGCAAGAUGCAGGCCAUUUUCAAUGCGGCCCGCCAAGCUGCCGCCAACCAGGCAAAUCAGAUCCAGCAAAGCACGAGCAGGUUCAAAUACGAUGUGGUUGUCAAAACGCCCAUUGUAGUUUUCCCACGAGUGGUGCAGCUUGGCCAACCAAAACGCGACCUCUUGACAGCCUACCUCGGCGAGAUUUAUGCGCAGAAUAAGUUUGCGCCACUUGACGACUCGGAGGACGCACAGAUUGCUACGAAGAUCUCAGCCGGCAUUCGCAAUAUUCGUCUGACUUCUGAUUUCAAUUACGAAGAUGACAAGUCCGAGGAGCUGGAGCUCAUCGACCACGUGGAUCUCGGAUUCAAUGUCACGUACGCCGAACACCAGCACGGCAAAAAACGACCUGAAUUGGAGAUUCAAGGCACCAUGUCUGACUUCAACCUCAAGCUGACGCAAUAUCAGCUCAGAUUUCUGAUGGAGAUCUCCAAGUCUGUACCAGCAGCCUUUGCGAGUGACUCGGAUGCGCAGGUCGAGUCGGCCGAACAGGAUGUUGACGAAGACACCCUGAAGCGCGCCAAGUCAAUGCCAGUUGAAAAAGCGUCCGGCGAUGACGAUCAGCUUGUCGACCUGAGCCCGGAGCUUAGGUCGCGUGACAAGACGUGGACCACGCUGGACCUCGUGUUUCAGGUACAAACUAUUGGCAUGGAACUCAUCAUGGCGCCCGAGGAUAAGCCUGUUGGCAAUAUUGAGACGGCCAGUCUCUCAAGGUUUUCGCUGGACGACACGAGAGUCAAGGCGCGGAUGCUCAACGAUGGGUCUCUUGAAGGCGAGUUCGUCAUCCGUUCAUUCACAAUUCAUGACAGUCGGUCCCGCGACGCCAAUAAGUACCGUCGUAUCAUGACAUCGCUCAACAAAGAUGUCCAGCAGCUCAUGGCGAGCGUUACCAUGACUGGUGGGAAGGACAAGAGUUUGAUUGCCAUGGUAACGGUGGACAGCCCUCGCAUCAUCUUUGCGCUCGACUACCUCUUUGCCAUCCAGAACUUUGUGACAGUUGGAUUGACGGCCGAGGAUCCCCUCGCGAUAGACGAUGAAUCGUUGCUCGACGUACAGUCUGCCGAAGAGUCGGAUGCGGAUCUUGACGCUGCAUCCUCACGAGCAGUCUCGACUAAGCAUACAACAGCCAGCCAGCAGGUCGACACCACAGAGGCCACAACCGACCACGGCGACGACGACAAGACACCAUCAGCUAUGAAUGUUGCGUUUAGAGUAAACGUCGUAGACGCACAGGUGAUUCUUAUUGCAAACCCACUGAGCUCGAGCUCUGAAGCUAUAGUUCUCGGCACGAAGCAGGUUCUGCUAUCUCAGCAGCAUGCUUUGACUUUCCAGAUUUCAGAGAUUGGGAUGUUCAUGUGUCGAAUGGACAAGUUCGAAGACUCGCGACUCCGUGUUCUCGACGAUUUCUCGAUCCAGAUGUCCAUGGACAGCUCCAAACCAGGUCUAACGAGCAUUCACGUCGAUGUAGAACCGCUCAUCCUACGCUUGUCCUUGCGAGAUAUCCUCUUGGCCUUACAGAUUGCUAGCAAGGCCACUGAGCUCUCCAGCAACCAGCCUCAGAAUGACUCCAAGCCAUCGGCGGUGGACGAAAAGGCUCGACAACUGCGGCAGGCCGGAUUAAAACAACGUACAGCUAGCGGUAAGGGUCCGUCAACGCUUGCAGCGCGCACGCGUGCCACCAAGAGCGCAGGUCCCGGUGCCAAGAUUGCAGCUGCGCAAGGCAGCCAGGCGGAUGAUUUCGAGAGUGAUGGAGCCCUACAAAAACCUCCCCGCCAGCAUGAAGAGCUUACAGCAACGAUUGACGGCAUUCGGAUCGUGCUUAUUGGAGACACACACGAACUGCCCAUCUUUGACUUGGGUAUCAAAAGUCUCACGGCGACAGCUGAAGACUGGUCGUCGAAUCUCAAGGCCGGCACGGCUGUCGACAUUUACAUGAAUGUGUACAACUUUUCCAAGUCCUCCUGGGAGCCGCUGCUGGAGCCUUGGCAGAUGGGCGUCGGCAUUGCAAAGGAGCAAGACACGGGACUUCUUUCCAUUGAUGUCACGUCUAAAAAGGUCUUUGAUGUGACGCUCACAACGGCUACCAUUGCUCUGGCAUCCAAGUCUUUCGCCUUCCUCAGCCAGGACGAGGAUGUCCUCGGCAAGCCCCGCGGUGUCGACGCGCCCUACCGCAUUCGUAAUUACACCGGUUUCGAAGCAGUCGUUCAGUCCAAGAGCACUGUCACCGACGAGGUCACAACAACACGUCUCGAAGACGGCCAGCAAGUGCCUUGGAGCUUUGAACCCUGGGAGAAGAUGCGCGAGAACCUCUUGGCGGAGAGUAGUUCCAACGAUGUCACGAUCCAAUUGGAAGGCAGCGGCUUCGACCCGGUCAAGAGCGUUCGUCUCAAUCGCGAGGGUGAGUUCAUCUACGGUCUGCGUCCUAAGACGGACAAUGUUCUGCACCGACUACUCGUUGAGGUCAGCCUUGGUCAAGACAACGUCAAAUACGUCACGCUUCGUUCGCCUCUGGUCGUUGAGAACGAUACGCAGAUCCCGGUUGAAUUGGGAGUCUACGAUGCGGAGGAGGGUCACCUGCUGAAGAUUGAAAAGAUCUCCCCCGGCGAGUCGCGCCCCGCCCCGGUCGGUGCCGUCUUUCUCAAAUCGUUGCUCAUCAGGCCUGACUCAGGGUUUGGCUACGCGUGGUCGUCAGAGACGCUUUGGUGGCGCGAUCUGCUCAAGCGACCCACGAGGACCAUGGUGUGCAAGGGUGAGAACGGGGACCCAUUCUACUUUCAAGUCAACGCGACCUUUGAUAAGGCCAAUCCUUUAACCAGGAACUACCCGUACAUGCGGCUUAAGGUUUCGCCGCCCAUCGUCCUCGAAAACCUGCUCCCUCACGACUUCAAGUACCGCAUCUAUGACAAGGAUACGAAGAAGGACUGGACCAACUUUUUGCGUAAGGGCGGUCUGAGUCCUGUGCACGUUGUUGAGCUUUCACACCUGCUCCUUCUGAGCAUCGACAUGCAAGAUACCGUAUUCAAGCCCAGCGAUUUUGCCGUGGUGAACCCAGGCCACUCAGACGAGUUCAAGAAGGAAAAGAAGCUCAUAUGCAAGGACCAAGAUGGUCUUCAGCUGACGCUUCAGCUUCAUUACUUCAAGAUCCCCGACAGCGGUGGCGCGUUCCGCGUGACUGUGUACAGUCCCUACGUCAUCCUCAACAAGACUGGUCUCGACCUCAGCAUCCGAGCAAAGAGCUUCAUGCAGAGCGCCAAGGCCGCAGCGGGUCAGUCGCUGCUCACACAAGGACUGGAGCCAGGCCAAGAACGUCCCAAGGCCACGCCUUUCAUGUUCUCCUAUGGUAAUGAUGAUAACCGCAACCGCACGCUCCUCAAAAUUGCCGACUCAGAGUGGAGCAAGCCGCAAUCUUUCGAUGCCAUCGGCAGCACCAAUGAAGUUGUUUUGCCGUCCGCGAAGAAGAACAGCGAAAUUCACGUCGGUAUCACGAUCGAGUCUGGCGAAGGCAAGUACAAGAUGACCAAGGUCGUAACUCUGGCGCCGCGGUUUGUUCUCGCCAACAAGCUUGACGAAGAGAUUAACGUCCGCGAGUCGAGCGCUUCCGGCUUCAUGACGCUCAAGCCCGGCGCCCUACAACCCAUCCACUUCAUGCAGAAGACGGCAGUGAAGCAGCUAUCGCUUUGCCAUGCCGGCAUGAAUAAUGACUGGACCUCGCCGUUCAACAUUUCCGACAUAGGCACGACACACAUCAAAAUUGCUAAACACGGUCAGCGUCAGAGGCUCAUCCGUGCCGAAAUCCUCAUGGAAGCCGCUACUGUGUUCGUGCACCUCAGUAUAGAGACAAAGAACUGGCCUUUCUCCAUGCGCAAUGAGAGCGAUACCGAAUUCACCUUUUACCAGGCCAAUCCGAAUGUCGACGAGGAUGGAGUCGAGGACCGGUCUGGCUGGAAGCCCAUUCGUUACAGACUGCCUCCACGCAGCAUCAUGCCCUACGCAUGGGAUUAUCCCGCGGGCAAGUUCCGCGAGAUUGUUCUGAACACACAGGGCAAGGAGCGCCAUGUCAAACUGGCCGAGAUCGGCAAUCAGAUCCCCAUGAAGGCUGUCACUGCCUCGGGCCAGCAAAAGAUCAUUGACAUCAACGUAGCCGCCGAUGGCCCGACGCAGACCCUGAUCCUCUCGAAUUAUCGGCCGUCCAAGAGUCUCUACCGCCAGAAGUCUAAAUCGGGUUCCCGCACAAACAACGCCGAGGGCUUCGAGGUCAAAAGUCAGGAGACAGGCGCUACGUUCCGCGCCCAGCUCAAGCUGUCUGGCAUUGGCAUAUCGUUGAUCAACUCACAGCUGCGAGAGCUUGCAUACAUCACAUUCCGUGACGUGCAACUGAGGUAUCAAGAGUCGCAGUUAUAUCAGACUGUGAGCCUGGCGGUCAAGUGGAUACAGAUUGACAAUCAACUGUACGGGGGUCUGUUCCCAAUGAUUCUGUAUCCCAGCGUCGUGCCCAAGAAGGCGCAAGAGGUCGAUGCGCACCCCUCACUGCAUGCCAUGGUCACCCGAGUCAAGGACGACUCCUACGGCGUCCUUUACAUCAAGUACGCCACGCUGCUUUUGCAGCAAAUGACGGUCGAGCUUGACGAGGACUUUGUCUACGCCGUGCUCGACUUUUCCAACAUCCCUGGCGCCGCAUGGUCCAAUAGUCCUGAUCAAGGCAAGCUUUGCGAUGAAGAACUCGACAUCCCGGAGCCGAAACAACAGCAAUCAGGACAGGACAUAUAUUUUGAGCUACUCAAUAUCCAACCCAUGCAGCUGGAUCUCUCGUUCAUGCGCACCGAGCGCGUCAACGCUGAAGACAAGACAUCGUCCCGCAAUCCACUCAUGUUCUUCCUAAAUGUCAUGACCAUGGCCAUCGGCAACGUCAAUGAUGCCCCUAUCCGGCUUAACGCAUUGAUGCUCGAUAAUGUGCGCGUCUCUGUGCCGGCGCUGACCCAAAACAUCUCCAACCACUACAGCCAAGAAGUGCUCUAUCAGGUUCACAAGAUUCUCGGCUCGGCAGAUUUCCUCGGCAACCCUGUCGGCUUGUUCAAUAAUAUCAGCUCGGGUCUCACCGAUGUGUUUUAUGAACCAUACCAGGGCCUGAUCCUCUCUGACAAGCCAGAGGAUUUUGCGCUCGGCGUAGGCAAGGGAGCAGCAUCGUUCGUGAAGAAGUCGGUCUAUGGCUUUACAGAUUCCUUUUCAAAGUUCACAGGCAGUCUGUCCAAGGGCCUCGCCGCGGCCACACUCGAUAAGCAGUUCCAGGACCGUCGACGUAUCACGAGGGCGCGAAACCGACCCAAACACGCUCUCUAUGGCGUCACGGCGGGCGCAAAUUCCUUUUUCACCAGCGCCGCAUCUGGCGUCGGAGGCCUCGUCCGCAAGCCACUCGAGGGAGCUGAGCAGGAGGGAGCAAUGGGUUUCUUCAAGGGCAUCGGUAAAGGUGUCGUUGGCUUCGCCACCAAGCCUGCCAUUGGCGUACUUGACAUGGCUUCGAAUGUUUCCGAGGGAAUCCGCAACACAACCACCGUCUUUGAUGGCUCCGAGCUUGAGCGUGUGCGAUACGCGCGCUUCAUUCCGGCCGACGGCAUUGUGCGGCCUUACAAUGGGCGCGAGUCCAUGGGACAAUACUGGCUCAAGCAAGUCGACAAUGGGAAAUAUUUCAACGAGCAGUACAUCGCUCACCUGGAGCUGCCUCGAGAAGACAUGGUGGUCAUGAUUACCUACUCACGUAUUCUGCUCAUUCGCAGCCGACGGCUUACAUCUGAAUGGGACGUGCCGCUGAAGGACGUUCAGACUAUCGCGAAGGAGCGCACGGGUUUGAGUUUAACGCUGAGGGGCGGCACCAAUGGCCCGUUCCUGCCAGUAGGUGAUGAAAGCGGACGAGCCUUUCUAUACAAGAUGGUCGCCGUAGCGGUGGAGGAAUUCAACCGAAGGUUCAGGGGUCUAGAGUGA